CUGUUCUCAGCUCCACAUCUUGGGCAUCUGUACACAGUGGUCUUGGCUGAUGCUGCUCAUCGAUGGCAAAAGCUAAGAGACCCCGAAAGUACGCACGUUUUCUCCACCGGUACGGAUGAACAUGGCAUUAAGAUAUUUCGGUCAGCCGAAAAAGCGCAGAAGGAACCAUUGAAGUUUUGCGAUCACAUUUCGGAGAAGUUCCGUGAUCUCUUCCAGAAGUUUGACAUAGCUAAUACAGACUUCAUUCGAACAACCGAAGACCGCCACAAGUUAUGUGUGGAACAUGUGUGGAAGCAACUUCUCGAUGCUGGCUUUAUUUACAAGGAUGUCUAUUCUGGAUGGUACAGCAUUGUUGAUGAGUGCUUUUUUGCAGACGGGGAAGUCGAGGACUCACCUUCUGGAAAGGUAUUACAUUCUUAG